AUGAUAAAUUCCGACAUUACCGAGUUGUCCAGUGAUUUCGAAAUUACUCCAAAUGAGACAGAAAAAUUUGAAAAACAAGAAUUGAUAACAUGGGCCUGCAAGUUGGAGCUUGAAAGUAUUGAUUAUAGAAAUACAAGUAUGCAGUUGAUCGAACAGCUAUCAAAAUUAUCCAAGACUUUAACUGAUAACUUGAAGAAUACGUCUCUUUAUUUGUUCCAGCUAAAAAAUGAGAUGGGACAGAGAGAUGUGAAGAUCAAAAACUUCAUUGAAGUUUCCAUCGCAGAAGAAUUAGACACUGCAUAUAACAACUUGGCUGGUAUCUCAAGUAAAAUUAAAAAUGUCCAACAAAGUAUAUACAAACUUGAACAUCACAAAAUUGAAGAGAUUAUCAGCAACAUUGAAAGAAGUAAGUACCAGCAACGUAGUAAAGAUAAACAGCAAGAUGAAAAAAUUAGAGAAUUAGAGAUCCAGGUUAAAUUGCUACUACAAAGACAAGAAUAUAUAAACCUUUUGAAAACCCCUGAAAGCUCUUCAAGUGGAACUUCACUCCCAAAACGGGAAUUCUCCCACGAAUCCUUCCAACAAAAUGAGGAAAACAAAGGUAAGCUAGCUGAGGUGUCAUCUGUGCGUCUUCCACUCUCUCAAAGGGGGAUAUCCUCUCAACCAUCUUUACAAUUAAGUUCGAGAAAGGAGAAACAUGCACCCUUAAGGCGUAACAAAAAGGCCCCAUCUCGAUCAACUAAGCUACCGAAACAAGCCCGAGGAAAGACAUUCACUCGUAAACUUCUCUAA